CAGUAUAAAGCUAUGGCAGUUUGUUGGGUUCUUGGACUAGGGACUCUAUUUGCGUGGAACAGUAUGGUGACUAUAGAAGAUUACUAUUAUGUUCUAUUUCCGGAAUACCAUCCUUCGCGGGUUCUUACCUGUCUUUAUCAACCAUUUGCACUUGCAAUAUUGGCAAUAUUUUCAUACAAUGAGGCAGAAGUUGAUACAAGAAGGAGGAUCUUAGUUGGUUACAAUCUCUUCUUCCUUGGUACCUUUAUGCUAAUAAUUGUAGAUUUAGCUACAUCUGGGACUGGAGGGAUUGGAUAUUUUAUUAGUAUAUGCACAAUUGUUGGUGCAUUUGGGGUUGCAAGUGCCCAUGUUGAAGGUGGAGUUGUGGGUGAGCUAUCUUUUAUGUGCCCUGAAUUCAUCCAGUCCUUCUUUGCUGGCUUGGGUGCAGCAGGUGCUUUGACUUCUGCCUUAAGGUUGGUGACAAAAGCUGCCUUUAAGAACUACGACAAUGGUCUUCGCAAGGGAGCAAUGUUGUUCCUGGGAAUUUCCACAUUCAUUGAGCUUUUGUGUGUUCUAUCAUAUGCAAUUUACUUCCCGAGACUGCCUAUAGUAAAGUAUUACCGCUCAAAGGCAGCCUCAGAAGGCUCUAAAACAGUAUCAGCUGAUCUUGCCGCUGCUGGUAUUCAAAAACAAGCAUCAGGCACAGAAGUCCAAAAUGAUGCUAACCUUCCACAUAGAUUGAGCAAUAAGCAAUUAUUGGUACAAAAUAUAGAUUAUGCUCUUGACUUGUUUCUCAUAUAUGUACUGACAUUGUCAAUCUUCCCUGGUUUCAUAUUUGAAAAUACUGGAGAGCACCAGUUAGGGUCAUGGUAUCCACUUGUUCUAGUGGCAGUGUACAAUGUGUUGGAUUUGAUAUCAAGAUACAUACCUGUUGUGCAUUUCCUAAAGAUCGAAUCCAGAAAGGGUCUCAUGAUUGCAAUCCUAUCUCGUUUUUUAUUCGUUCCUGCAUUCUACUUCACCGCAAAAUAUGGUGAUCAGGCAGGGAUGAUCAUACUCACAUCAGUCCUAGGAUUAACAAAUGGUUAUCUCAGUGUCUGUGUAAUGACAGUGGCACCGCGCGGUUAUAAGGGCCCUGAGCAAAAUGCCUUGGGAAACAUUCUUGUGCUGUGUCUUUUGUGUGGCAUAUUUGUUGGGGGUUGCCUUAACUGGUUAUGGCUCAUUGGUAAAGACACAUAUUAA